AUGUUGUCGACCAAGUUAGUUUGCAUCGCACUGGUCAGCCUGGUUUUUGGCCAAGUUUAUUUAGUGGCCAGCGAGGAAACCAUUGCUGUUUGUCCCACCAACUUCACCCAGGUGGCGGAUAAGUGUCUCCUGGUGGAUGGUAGUUGGAAGAACUUCUACGAGUCGGAUCGCCAUUGUCGAUCCCUUAACGCCGGACUUCUGAGCAUUAGCAAUCCAACGGAGUUCAAUGCCAUCAACGAAUGGCUGCCGAUCAUUGCACCCUACCAGCCGGAGUUCUGGACAUCCGGAAACAAGCUGGGCGGAACUUCCGAUUACUACUGGCAGAGCACUGGACAAAGUGCUCUCUACCUUCCCUGGAGUGCUGGUCAACCCACUGCCACCGCCGGUGAUUGUCUUACACUGAUGGCCAACGUCACCAUGACUCCCGAAGAAGCCAUAUUGAGUGUGCACCGCCUCACGGUGAAGCCCUGCAGCCAAUGGGCACCCCACAUCUGCCAGGCUCCGUUGCAAAUCUUCAAGACCCAGCUUUGCCUUAAUACUACUGCUUUCUUCGAGGCGAAGAUACUGGUUUAAGUCAAUCUAGGAGGCCAUAAUUGUUCGCUUUUAAUAAUUCAAGAAUUAUAAAUUGCCAUAACUAAAAAUUACGUUUUAAAUA